CACCACUUACUACAGUGAACGAAUUCGUCCCUUCCUUUUUUUCUUUUCGGUUGAAAAUUUUCCACCGGAAUUUCUCUGUCUUCUUCUUCGCGAUGCCGUUUUUGUCGGAGGCUGCAAGCGCCAUUAAGAGCAGGUUCGGGUUCCACCACCACCCUUCCUCCGAUAAGAUGUCGCUAGUUCAGAACACUCCCGAUCUUCUCAAAUCUGCGGCCAAGGACAGCGUCUUUCAGAGCUCAGGGGUUCGAAGCAUCGGCAACUGGGAUAACGACGAAGAAGCUUCCUCCGCUGCUACUUGCAGCACCGCAGUUGCCUCCGCUCAUAGUUUUGAGUUAUACGAAGAUCCUUCUUUCUGGAAGGAGCACAAUGUGCAGGUUAUAAUCAGAAUGCGCCCUCUAAGCAAUGCGGAAGUAUCGGUACAAGGGCAUAGCAAGUGCGUAAGGCAGGAAAGUUCUCAAACAAUUACUUGGACUGGGCAUCCAGAGUCUCGAUUUACUUUUGAUCUUGUUGCUGAUGAGAAUGUUAGCCAGGAGAAACUUUUUAAAGUAGCUGGUUUGCCAAUGGUAGAAAACUGCAUGGGAGGUUACAACAGCUGCAUGUUUGCUUAUGGCCAAACCGGAAGUGGGAAGACUCACACCAUGCUUGGUGAUAUUGAGGGGGGAACUAGAAGACAUAGUGUCAACUGCGGGAUGACACCAAGAAUUUUUGAGCACUUAUUUUCAAGGAUCCAAAAGGAAAAAGAGGCCCGGAGAGAUGAAAAGUUAAAAUUUACCUGCAAAAUUUCUUUCUUGGAGAUUUACAAUGAACAGAUUCUUGAUCUUUUGGACCCAUCAUCUAACAAUCUACAGAUAAGAGAAGACAUUAAAAAAGGAGUUUAUGUGGAAAACAUCAAGGAAGUCGAAGUCACUAAUGCUCGAGAUGUCAUUCAGCAACUUAUUCAGGGCGCCGCAAAUAGAAAGGUGGCUGCUACAAAUAUGAAUCAUGCUAGCAGUCGUUCUCACAGUGUAUUUACUUGCAACAUUGAGAGUCAGUGGGAAUCUCAAGGAGUGACUCUCUUUCGAUUUGCUAGACUUAACCUUGUUGAUUUGGCUGGAUCAGAGAGGCAGAAAAGUUCUGGUGCUGAAGGGGAGCGCCUCAAGGAAGCUACUAAUAUCAAUAAGUCUCUUUCAACCUUGGGGCUUGUGAUUAUGAACUUAGUAAGUAUAUCGAAUGGGAAGUCGCUGCAUGUUCCGUACCGUGAUUCAAAGCUUACUUUUUUACUUCAGGAUUCUCUUGGAGGGAAUUCAAAGACGAUCAUAAUUGCAAAUAUAAGUCCCUCCAUUUGUUGCUCACUUGAGACAUUAAGCACAUUGAAAUUUGCACAACGCGCUAAAUUUAUUAAGAACAAUGCCAUUGUAAAUGAGGAUGCAUCCGGAGAUGUCAUUGCCAUGAGAAUUCAAAUUCAACAACUCAAGAAAGAAGUAUCACGUUUACGGGGUCUAGUUGGAGGCGGAGAAAUUCAGGACGUUGAAUCUUCAGUGAUCAGCUUUCCAGGCUCUCCAGGAUCCUUUAAGUGGGAAGGCAAUCAUGGAUCAUUCAGUCCAUUAACCUCUGCUAAAAGGAUAACUCCCAAAAAAGACUAUGAAAUUGCCCUUGUUGGGGCCUUUAGGAGGGAAAAGGAGAAGGAUAUGGCAUUGCAGGCAUUGAAAGAUGAAAAUCAAGCUGCCAUGAAGCUGGCCAAACAAAGGGAAGAUGAAAUCCAAGGUCUAAAGAUGAGGCUACGUUUUCGAGAAGCUGGGAUAAAGAGGCUUGAAGGAGUUGCUUCUGGAAAGAUCUCAGCUGAGACACACUUGCUGAAUGAAAAGGAGGAGCUUCUGAAGGAAAUUGAAGUCCUGAGGACCCAGGUGGACCGAAAUCAAGAGGUGACCAGAUUUGCUAUGGAAAAUCUGCAGCUGAAGAAAGAAAUUGAAAGGUUGAAAUCAUUUUCUGAGGAAGGUGAACGUGAAUUGAUGAAUGAACAGAUUAUGGUACUAGAAAACCAGUUGUUAGAGGCACUAGAUUGGAAAUUUAUGCAUCAAACAUAUCUGAACACGAAGUCAGAAAUGGAAGAUGUAAAUGGUGAUAACAUUCUUGUUUCUGAUCAGGAUCCAAAAUCUCGUUGGCAGUCUUCUCUCAGAGAGGAAAAUGAAUUUCUCCGCAUUCAGGCUAUACAAAACCAGGCCGAAAUGGACACACUUCAGAAAAAGCUUGAAGUUUGCCUUCAAGAGAAAGAAAAAUUAGAGAGGGAUCUUCAUGAUUUGACAACAAAGUUUGAACAAGAGAAAUCCCAGGCAACCACAGAAGGAAGGGAGCAAAUGGACCUUCCAUCAACAACUGAUAUGCCUGUCAUUAACAUCAACGGCCAACAGGAAUUGAAAGCAAUGGUUGAUGCAAUUGCUUCAGCUAGUCAAAGAGAGGCAGAGGCUCAUGAGACAGCAAUUGUGCUAUCGAAGGAGAACGAUGAACUCAGGGUGAAGCUUAAGACAUUGAUUGAGGACAACAGCAAACUAAUUGAAUUGUAUGAAGAAGCUGCUGCUGUAGGCAGAAAUGUUGAUGAAGUUGGUUCAAUUGUUGACAAUGGUCGCCAUCUUGAAACAACAAGAGAAGAGGAGAAUGAACUGAAAAGCGUGGUUGAGAAUCUCCAGCAUCAGCUUAAUGAACUGAAUGAAGAAAAUGAAAAGCUGAUGACUUUGUAUGAAAGAGCCAUGCAGGAGAAGGAUGACCUUAAAAGAGCUCUUGCAUGCUCUGGACAAGAAAAGGUAGAAACCAGCGGAGAAACUGUCUGCCCAGAAAAGCUUGUUGAAGUUGAUGGAGGAAAAAUACUGUCAAAUGCAGAAACUGUUUGCCUGGAACGUCAGGGUAGAGGAGACACUGAAUACAUUGACCAUCCUACAAUAUUUGGCCGUGAGUGUCAGCAGAAUGAGGUAUCAAAUUGCACUGCAUCAAAGUUCUCAGAUGAAGUGAAUUGUGCUAGGGAGAAGCUUGGAAUAGUUAAUGAACAAAUAUCAGAUUGUGUCAGGAAUCUAUCUUCCCUUGGUUGUGUGGAAAAGGCUACGGUUGAGGUUGAUAAGCUAUCUAGUGAAGUUGAGGUAAUUGAACAUGAUAUUCAGGUCAAGCGUCAGAAUUUUGAAUCCUUGAAACUUAUGCUUUCUGAUGCACAUGACAGAAGAACUCUAGCUGAUAGAAAGUUCUCUGCACUCAAAUAUUCAUUAUCAAACCUCUCCUCAUCGUUCGCUUACUUUGAUCAAAGGGAAGCAAGGGCAAGAGCAGGGGUGAACGACUUGGCAUGUAAUCUUAAUAGAAAGAAAGAGGCACUGAUUGCCCUUCAAGCUUCCAAAGAAGGGUUGGUGAAUGCUCAGAAGAAGAACCAAGAAUCUGAAGCUGAGGUAAUAGCAAAUAUUGCAACCAUCAAAUCAAAACUGGAGGAAGAGAAUCGCAAGCGGGAAGGUGAAAAGGUUCUAUUUGCAAUUGACAACACACAGCAUACAGACCCCCAACCGAAAACUUGGCAUUUUAGUGGUAAAGCUACUGAGUUGCUGAAGCUAGAGGAAGAAAAACCGAAGUUGCAGUCAGAGAUGAAUCUCUCUCUAGAAAAACUUGCUGCCAUAAGAAAGGAAUUUGGAAAUCUAAACAAGAAGCUGGUAAGUACAGAGAGCCAGAUAGAAGCUGUUCAACUGGAAAUUCAGCACAUUUCGAGGAUCUCAGAGGAGAAGGAACUCGCACUUCAACGUGUCAUGAAAGAGAAGGAAAUGCUCUUGGAGUUUAGAGAAAAUGGUUUUUCUGAAGUAGGGCAUAUUAUUGCUGAACUCCACCAGUGUGUGUUUGAAUGUGAUUUAAAGGAGGCUGAAAUAAAGGUUCUAGAGGAAGAACUGCAAACAGAUUUUACAAGGGUCCAAGAGUUACAGACAGCAAGAAUCAUUGCUGCCAACAGUAAAAACAAUAUCCUGUCUUCAAUGUCUCAUUCUAGCAUGUUAGUGAGGAUUGAAGAGGGGAUGCAGAAUCUGAAGGCAUUUAUUCUUGAGAUAAAAUUGUUGUUAGAUGGCAUUUCCCAUUCCACCUAAACCACUGCUUUGUGUAACUAGUUUUAACCCUUAACCUUGUUUCCUUUUUUCAACGAUUAUAAUCCUCCACUUGUAAUUGUAGCAUGUUUUGAAUGUCCUUUCUGGAUAAUCCUA